AUGGAGAAAUGGGUGCGCGAGUGUGGAGUGGAGACCAGUUCCCAGGCGGUGGCCCUGGCCGAAGGCUUCUUGCUGACCCAGGAGGAGGAAAAGAUGCAAGGAGAUUUGCAGAAAUCCUUGGAAGCUGUGUCUGAGUAUCCUAAAGGGAGGAAAAAUUCAUCCAAACCCUCUCAAAAGCUGCAGUUUGGAAAGAGCUUCCAGAAAGAUCAAAGUCUUACCAUGUCAGAAUCGCCUCCUCUUUCUGGUGGAGCUGAAAGAGUGCUUGAACCUCUGCCUCAGGAUGUUGUGUCUUUUGAGGAAGUGGCCGUGUAUUUCUCCAAGGAGGAAUGGUCUCAACUGGACCCUGCCCAAAAAGCUCUCCACAGAGAAGUCAUGCUAGAGAAUUCCAGGAAUCUGGCUUCUCUGGGUAAGAAUCCCUGUCUGUACUCGGAAACAUAG